AGGUGCUGCGUGGCGGGCGUGGCCGAGCAGACGCGGUGGCUGCCCACCGGCUCGGCCCCCGGCGACUGGGGCGAGUCCUGGGACUUCCCCCUGCACGCCCACGACCUCCGCGGCGACCUGCUCGUGGAGCUGCUCGGCGGCAGCAGCGAGGACGCCGAAGUGCUGCUCGGCCAGGCGCGCGCGCCCAUCAGCGUCGCGCUGAUGGGCGGCGGGCGCGAGGUGAGGACCGUGGAGCAGCUGGACCCGCGCACGGGCGGCGAGGUGGAGCUGCGGCUGCAAUUUGUCGCCGAGCGAUGUCCCGAGGAGGACGGCAGCACUACGCGCGAUGCCACCGGCGGCUCCGCCGAGGGCGAGGAGUGCGACCUGGAGUUCGAGAUCACGCCCCCCGCGGCGCUAGGCGGCCCGCACGCGUCCGCGGCGCUGGCGGCGGCGGCGCCUGCCGAGGAGAGCCUCCCGCUGCUGGCCCCCGGCGGCGGCGGGCGCUGA